AUGGUUAUAGUUAAGCUUGGCGGGCACACCGGGGAUGCCAAGUCCCCAACGGCCUUAGCCGGACCAGUCGGCUUCACCCAUUCAACGGCAUAUGCUUCUUCUGGCGACAUGAGCAAGCAGAACAAUAACAACAACAACAACAACGACAACGACGACGACAACAGGCUGCCCAAGUAUAUCUCCAAGGAGAUCAAUGUCAGCUUCGACCAGGCCACGCGCGAGCUCCGCACGGAGGGCUCCGACUGA